AUGGCCGAACAAAAGUCGACACCCACGAACCCCAUGCGCGAGCUGCGGAUAGACAAGCUCGUCAUCAACAUUUCCGUUGGCGAAUCUGGUGAUCGUUUGACCAGAGCAUCAAAAGUGCUCGAACAGCUUACUGGCCAGACACCGGUGACUUCAAAGGCCCGCUACACUGUUCGUACAUUCGGUAUCCGUCGUAACGAGAAGAUCGCCGUACACGUCACCAUCCGGGGGCCAAAAGCAGAGGAAAUCCUUGAGCGUGGUCUCAAGGUCAAGGAAUACGAAUUGAGGAGGAAGAACUUCUCAGAGACUGGAAACUUCGGCUUUGGUAUCCAGGAGCACAUCGAUCUCGGUGCACGAUACGACCCCACGAUUGGUAUCUUCGGUAUGGAUUUCUACGUGGUUAUGGGACGACCUGGUGCGCGUGUAGCGAGGAGAAAGCAGAAGAAGGCGACCGUUGGCUUCAGCCACCGAGUCAAGAAGGAGGACACGAUGAGCUGGUUCAAGCAACGGUUCGAUGGUAUCAUCUUGAAAUAA